AUGGUCUGGGGUUUGGCUGGAUCUAUUUUGCGUGCUGUACUGGGCGGGCAGAUAAAAUUUUUUGAACAUUUGGCCAUUGAUUUGAUUUACGUUAUAAUAUUGUCGUAUAUCUAUCAUAUACUCAUCGAGAGUCCAUUGGCUAAUAUUAUAACAUUGAUAUUCAAACCAACCGCUCAAACAAUUAUACCCGUGAUUAAAAACCUGUCGGUGCAAUUAAUCACCAUCUCAAUACUGACACUACAACGACAAUUGUCGCACAAUAAUAACGCCAACCGUAGCCAAUGGGCCGGCAGUUACGACUACAUAGUGGUGGGCUCGGGCUCGGCCGGGGCUGUCAUAGCCUCGCGACUCACUGAAAACCCGGGCGUAACUGUACUACUACUAGAGGCUGGUGGGCCCCAGAAUACCGUAUCGGAUAUGCCCGGACUGACCCCAGCCCUAGUGGGCACCGAGGUGGAUUGGCAAUAUACUACGGUGCCACAGACCCGUAUAGGCCAGGCCUAUACUGGUCGA